AUGGAAGCAGAAAGAAGGAUUGAGCACGAAAGGACAAUCAUGGACCCAAAUGUAGAAAUCCUCACAGUUAGAUGAAAUCCUGAUGACUCUCAUAUCGCCUCCGCCUGCAGUGACGGCACUGUCAAAAUUUACUCAUCAGUAAGUGGAAGCUUUAUAAGGACUUUGAACUGUAGAGUCGGGACUGGGCCAGUCCCUAUUACAGGGAUCCGCUGGAGACCUUCUGCUUCCUUUGGAAAAACCAAAAACAUCUUAAUCGCCCUGACUGUAGAAGGAACUAUCAUGCAUUGGCAUGCGACAUCUGGAAAAACGCUUAACACUAUCAAGCUAGACUGCCAAACCUUAAGCUUAGACUACGACUAUGAAGGAAAACGCUUCGCUGUCGGCUGCUCUGAUAUGAACAUAAGGAUUUACGACGAGUCUACUAAAGAAGUCAUCUCUAAUUUAGUCCCAGGAAUGGGUGAACUGCUUGGCCAUGUAAACCGCAUUCAUUCGGUAAAGUUUCUCAGCGACAAUAUGAUAGUCAGUGGAGGGUGGGAUAAUAACAUUUUACUAUGGGAUAUCCGAAGUGGAGCUGUAGCAAGAGGAAUGUAUGGCCCUCAGAUAGCUGGAGAUUCAAUAGACUCGACCUCAAACUUGAUUUUGACUGGCGGGUAUCAGAUUUCUGAUCAAUUGCAGCUUUGGAGAGUUGAUGAUGCGUCUUUGGCGUAUUCAGAGACUUUGAGGUCAAGUGAAAGAGCUUGUAUGGUUUAUUCGGCGCAGUUUAGUAAGCAUGACUGUGGAGCUAUUUUUGCACUUGGCGGGGCUGGGUGUGAUGAAGCUUAUUUCUAUGAGACAGCGUCUAGAAGACGGUUCGCUGUUUUAAAUAACUUGGUAAAGCCUAUUUAUUCUAUUGAUUUUGCAAAUUAUUCCAACAGGGUUGCAGUUGGAAGUGGAGAUGGAAGCUUGAGGAUGCUCACCCCUCCCUAUGAACGAACAAAACCAUUGAAGAAUCCCUGUUUUUUGUUCAAAAACCAACCUUCGUGAGAAAAACAAAUUUUUAUGAUAGGCAAAAAAUUUUAGUAUAAUGAAAUCUCUAACUAUAUCUAUUUAGUUUUAAAUAAAUAGCAUUUUUUAAUAUAAAUUUUUAAAAAAAAUUUAUAAUAAAAUUUAUAUAAAAAAAAAUUAUCCAUAUGAACAAACAAAAUUUUUUUGUUCUCAUGGAAGGGAGUCAGUGUUUUAGAGCCAACAGUAGUUGAUCAAGAAAUAUAA